AUGGCCCGAGACACCAGUGUCACCGCCAAUGGUGAAGACGUAGCUGUACCCACCACGGUUCAAGCCGGGUCUGAAACGCAUCAACUCCCCAUCCGACAGAUAAGCUCCAAUCCUAAUCCUCUGGGACAAACUUUGACCGGCAAGCAAGAGCAUUAUCUCAAGCGCGAACUGCUUUCCAAGCAAGCACAAUGGGAGAUCAACGAGUUAAACUCCCCUACGGCUCUGCAGCGAUUCGGAGCGCCAUUUCGAUCGGAACAUGGCGAAGUGCCUCCCCAAGAAUCCGAGCUGCCCAUACUUCGGUAUAUAUUCGUCAAGCACGUUCGAGACUUUCCUUUCCUCGAUAAGGCCAAGGAAAAGGAGUUUUGGCAGGAUAAGCUGCAAGUGUUCUUGGAAUCUUUCGCAGGCAAGCAGAUUUCGUCCUCUGAAGACCGACUCGAAGAAACAAAGCGUAGAAAGUUGGCCAUCAAGGCACAGAAGAUGGUCGAGCUUAUGAUGGUUUCUGGCAUCGGCACUUCCUCGGGAUUCGAAGAGCGCAUUCGGUUUUCCGAAAUCGACAUCGUGGACAGCAAUGCGAUUGACACGGGAGUCAUACACAGCAUCCCUGAAGGCCAUUAUAUCAAUGGAUGGGACGUCAACGUUGCCGGCGUGCGCCUCAUUUCUGUCAAACGCAACAUCAGACACCACAAACAUGCCGAAUUCCUCCUCAGGAUCAAGCGAAAGGGAGAGUUGGAACAUUUUGUCGGGCGAAGAUAUGGUGACUUUAGCAAACUGUACAGACGAUUGCGGACGGAACUGCCUGGCCGCAUCCUCCCUCCCCUGCCAAAGAAGAACAAGUCCAGCACGACGGCUUCGGGGCUAUGGACAAGUUGGAGCAAUGCCGACGAGUCGGACGGUUCAUCUGUAUCAUCCGUGUCGACUCGCAUGACUGGUGCCCCCGCCCCUGCUGGUGGAGUUUCGUCGCUUCUAUCCCCAGCAGCACCCACUAACAGGAGACCCGGCUCAACCGCCUCAGCCCGAUCGAUUGGCUCCAAGGAAUCAUCCCGAGUGUCCGUUGACGGGAAACAGAGGAACGUCGUGCAAAGCAACAAGCAGGACGACGACGACGACAGCGUUGUUUUGUGGAGAGAGAGCCAGCGAGUUUCUCUUCGCUCAUUCUUGCGAUCCUUGCUGCACAACCCCCAAAUUGCCAACACUAAAGCCAUGCUGGAGUUCCUGAGCGGCGAGCCGAUGACUCCUACAGAUGAAGACGUCGACGACAUCCUGAGACGAAAGGCAGUUGAUGAGAAACGGAUCGAAGAACAGAAGCAGUUUUACGAAAUUGCCCGAAAACGGGCCGCGGAGCUGGAUGAGUACAUGGAGCAAUUCCGACGAGACAUUGUCGAAAAGAACGGACUGACAAUGCUCUUCAAAGAAAUCAAGGAGAAGGAGACAAUUCAAGACCUCAGCCUCCAAUAUCAGAAAUUUGCCGAGUGGCUGAGGAUAGAGGUCGCGGCUGUGAUUUAUCACCUCUUUCUGGCCGAAGACAACUCCCCCGAGCUAUUCGCUCAAGCCAAGCGCAUCCACUCGCUCAUUCCAUACGCAGUGCUCAAAAACGUGAUCCGAAUCGCGAAUCCAGCGGCCGUCAUGUCCGGGGUGCUGGAUAUUUUCCUGGCGCAACCCUUUGGGGCUCGAUCGCUGAUGCAGCGGAUAUUCUCCCUGACCUUGAGUGACGGGAUCAAGAGCUUCCAGAAAUCCAUCGAUGCCCUGACGAACAAGAUUGCGGACCCCACGUUUACCGACAAGCUGAAGAGAUACACGGACGCCAGCGAAGAGGUCAAAACUUGCAUCCGCUCGGAGGCGGAAAAUGAGAGGGUUGACCUCAUCGUCGCGAUUCUGCGGUCUGACCUCAUUGAGCCUGAAUUAACCGGUGCACAGGUCCAACGGCUCUUCAACGCCUACGUCGCGUUCAACAACGCCGUCGAGAACGUGGAUGAAGAGCUCAGGCAGGGCGCCCAACUCUUUUCCUACCUGAAGCAACUUCUCAAGCUGUGCAUACGACAACGUGACAAGGCAAUGAUGUUGCAGUUGAUUGAAGAGCCAGUGACGUUGAAGCUCUUCAGAGACCUGUUUACCAUCUUUUACGAGCCCCUCGUCAGAGUAUACAAGUCUGCCAAUGUCUACAAUAGCGUGACGGACUUUGCAGUCUUUAUAGACGACAUGAUCAAGGUUAUCGACAAGUGCAGGGAGCAAGAUGCUUCGGCGGAUCCGAAUCAGACAGUGCAAGCUUUCAUCGACCUGUGCCAACGGCACGAGCACAACUUUUACAAGUUUGUCCACGAGGUGCACACGCACGACAACGGGCUUUUCACGCGACUCAUGGGCUGGAUCGAGGGCAUCCUGGAAUUCCUCCGCCACGGCCCCAGGAACGGGACGCUGAACGUCAACGCCCUGUUCGAGGGCGGGGUCGGGGCGGGCACCGUGGACAGAGACAAGGCCAUGGAGGAGAUCAACGGCCUGAUCUCGUGGCAAGAGGCCAGGAAGAAGUGGCACCACGACAAGACGAGGCAGAAGAUGGCGGCCGAGGGCCAGGGGCCGAACUCGGUGGGCGCAGUAGCGAUGCGCUUCGACUCGUCGGAUUUCGGCCUCGACGGGCAGGACCUCCAGGAGAUGAGGCUGGACAUUGACGACGACGAGAGCGAAGCAGAGGCGGAGGAGGAGGACGAGCUGGAUCCGAUCCAGGCGGAGAGACGCAGGCGGGCCAAGAAGCAGGACAGGCUGCGACGGUCUGCGGGGGAGCCGAAGAAGCCCAGCAUCAGCGAGGUGCACAAGCUGCACGACAACUUUCUCGACAUGCUGCGGGACGUGUUGGCAGAUUGA